CCGCCCACCCUCCCGUCCGGGCCGCUCUCCAGGGCGUCUGUAAACACACCCCGAGACUGUCAUGGAGGGGGAGGAGGAGGCGGCGGCGGCGAAAGGAGGCGUUUUGGGCCGCCUCCAGGGUCCGCUCUGUCAUUCCUGAACUGGUCCCUCGUCCCCGUGACUGUGGCAUCAGGGAAUCGAACUAUUAGGCGAAAGGAGGAGACAGUCAGAACCAUAUCCCCUUCUUCCCCCGGGGCGGGGGCCGGGCCGGGCCAGGCCGGCUGAGCCGGGGGAGGGCGGUGGGAGGGAGCGCCUGGCCAGGCCGGCCUGUCCGCCGAGAUGGAUGACAGUAAGGUGGUUGGAGGGAAAGUAAAGAAGCCCGGCAAACGUGGUCGGAAGCCAGCCAAAAUCGACUUGAAGGCAAAACUUGAGAGGAGCCGGCAGAGUGCAAGAGAAUGCCGAGCUAGGAAAAAACUAAGAUAUCAGUAUUUGGAAGAGUUGGUAUCCAGUCGGGAAAGAGCCAUAUGUGCCCUCAGAGAGGAACUGGAAAUGUACAAGCAGUGGUGCAUGGCAAUGGACCAAGGAAAAAUCCCUUCUGAAAUCAAGGCCCUACUCACUGGAGAAGAGCAAAGCAAAUCUCAGCAGAACUCAAGCAGGCACACAAAAGCUGGGAAGACAGACGCUAAUAGCAAUUCCUGGUGAAGAUUUUAUAAAAUGAUGAGUCACUGACUGAAGCCAAUACUUUAUCCUAUGGAGGACGAAUGGGCAAGAUUGUACUUCUUGGCUCCAUUUACUACCUACUGCUCAGUAGUCAUCUCUAUAAAUCUGCAAUUUCUACCAAAAUGUGUGAUCAUAGAUUCCAAAGGAUUUUGCUUUAACUUUCAACACUUAGAAAAUUUAUAAACAUUCAGACCUGUUCUGGUUGCCCUUGCCACCCAUGGCAUUGAACAUGUUGCAAUGCUUGAAAACACAGGAGUAGAGAGAAGUGGGUGAAGAUUGUAUUUUUGCACCUUAACUCUACAUUGCUUUAUUGGUUAAUUUAUAUUCUUUCCAUGUAUUUCAUGUCAUGUAUGUGUAUGUGUGUGUAGGUGUGUCACCUUCUUUUAUGUUUUUGAUUGCCCUACAAAGAGAAACCAAAUGGGCUGAUUACCAAGUUCUCAGCCUUUAUGGACCUAAUCUUAUUUGUUUCUAUUUACUUGAGUAAUGUUUAUUUUCUGCAUGAACCAUGAUUUCUCCUGUGAGCCAUUCCAGCAUAAGCUGUGAAUAUGUAUUAACAAAUAUAUACAUUUCUAUUUUUAUAAUCCAUAAUGAUAUGCCUGUUUUAAAUAACGUACAUGUUAACAAAAUCCAUCAGGAAAGCCCCCAAGACAGCGUCUGUUUAAAACUUUUGUUGCUGUCUUCUCAAACUAUAUUUAUAAAAGUUUGGUAGGGCCUAGUCCAUACUUGGAGAAUAAUUAGUCAAAUUUUAUUUUUAAGCAAGAAGUAACCUUUUAGGCAUUUCAGCAGCAGACAUCCUCUUGACAACCUAGAAUAUGUAUGUAUGUACGUAUAUAUGUAUGUGUUUCUAUCGUAUGUCUGUAUAUGUAUGUGGGGAGGGUAGGAGUGAAUGUUCACACACAUUGCCUUGUGUAGUCAACUAACUCGGAGAAUUUUCCUAAAGAAAAUAGGAUGAAAUUAGCUGCUGAGAUCGAGUUUCUGCCUCAAGAGAUCUGGAACAAACUGAGGGAGAAAUUCUUAGUAGAUCUAAUGGCUGUAGGCAUAACCAGAACACUUAGUUUCUUCCCUGACAUGAGUUUCCAUAGGAAAAUGUUCUGAGCCAGGAAGAAACACACUGUGGAUGUGCAUCUGGUUCGGCCCUGACGGUACCUCCGCUCUGGAGUGAAGCCGUGAGCUGGAGUUGUGCACAGCAGGCGGCUGGUGGGCCAGGCAGGAGGGGCACAAGGCCAGAGUGGUUCUUUCCAGUUCCCGUCACAGCUCCAUUUACUUUCUUCCUGACUACCAGAGUGAUGGUUGAGGAAUCAAGCUCAUCAUAUUCUACUUGCAAGUAGAUAGGAAUCUUUCAUUUUCCCCACUGAGACACUUUAUCACUCUCUUCUCUUUCCCAUAGUUAAAUCAGGAACUGUGUUCUCUGUUGCUGCUAAAUUAUAAUUGUUCUUAGCUCUAAUGAAGCAAAUAUCUGGCUUCUAAACAGUAUGUUUUGUUAUGAAAUGGCAGUCUAAGAGGAGGCAUCAUCGUCUAGACUGUGGGGUGGAACAAGAGAUGGACCACGUAGUGUCAGAUUACAAGGUACUCUCCCCCCUUCUCUUAGGCCACACGUUUGAAUGAAGUGCUUCCCUUUAGCCUGAGUUCCUGAAGAUCUCUUGUGUGUAGAUUGCAAACUCAGAUCUAGUCUAGUCCUAUGUGACUACUGAUAUACCACUAGCCCAGCCUGUUGGGUCUCUCUGUGUUUUGGAGGACUGGGGGUUUAAGAGUAUUUAAUGUCUUUUUAGGAUCACAAAUAUAGAUAGAUUAAAGAUUGUUAAUAUUCAGACCUUCAGAAUUUAAGUGUUUUAAAUAUAGUGUUCAGAUUGUAAUGGGUAUGUUUUUGCCAUCUGGUCUACUCAAGUGUAUAUUUUUAUUUAGCAAAACAGCCCAAGAUUUACUUUGUGUUGCUUUGUUCAAUACCUUUUGAAUUCCCCAGAAGAGUUGUUUUCAAAGCAAACAUUCCAAAAUGAAUGUGGCUCUUCAAUGGAAUGUCUCCAUUGUGCUUGAAGUAUUUCUUCUCUGGUUGUAACGUUAAAUUACA